AUGGCGAUCGUCACGCUCCACGAUGUCAAGCCCAUGCAGGUCUCGUAUCUGGGGGGAUACAUCUUCCUGUCCUAUGUGAUUAGCUCGAUGGGAUGUGCGACAACCCUAGAACUGCUCCAUCGUCGGACCUCAAAGUCCGGAUUCUACAACUGGUAUCUCCUCCUGACUUCCUCCAUCACCAUGGGGGGAAUUGGUAUCUGGUGCAUGCACUUUAUCGGAAACCGCGCGAUUGUGCUGGGCAAUGGCGAGCAGGCCAUCCAGAUUCUUUACAAUGUUGCCUUCACGGGAACCUCAUUCGUGCUCCCUGUGAUUGUACUUCUAACCGCCUUUUAUUCCGUCGGUGUGCAAGAGAAAGCCAGUUACGUGCGAAUCUUGCUGGGAGGCUUGUUGACCGGAAGUUCCGUGUGUGGUAUGCAUUACGUGGGACAACUAGGUAUCGCCAACUAUCGAUGCUCCUACGCCGUGGCCAAUGUCGUGGGAUCGGCAGUGAUUGCCGUCUUCUCUAGUACCAUCGCCUUGGGUAUCUUCUUCCGAUGGAGAGCCACAUGGACCGAUAGCUGGUGGCGACGAGGAAUCUGUGCGUGCUUCCUGUCGGCAGCGGUCUCGGGCAUGCAUUGGACCGCGUCUCUGGGUACGACUUAUAAGGAGCGCAACCAGUCUAUCACAUCGGGCACUCAAUUGUCUCGCAGUCAAGUGGUUAUCAUCUGCGCUGUGUUGGCUUGCGUUUCUUGUGUCAUUCUAUCCGCCUGUGCCAUUGUUGCCGGAGGAAAUCGUCGAAAGUCCACCACGCGUGCUCAUCAACUCGUUCUGGCCUGCGCGUAUUUCGACCCAUCGGGCCGUGUCAUGGUCACUCCGCAGGCCUUCCUUCCAACGAAGAAGAUUGUGGAUCACUACAUCGGCAGGACUUUCAAAGACGACGACUUGACGCGUACCCACCCUACCUUCCUCUGGGCCUUCCGGGCAAGUCGCAACUGGGCUGUGGUCAAGGAACUCAUUCCCUUCAUGCGCAGUCGUCUCGCCUCCGAACAACAAGCUCUGCAGAAACACGUGCUGUCUCGCGGCGCAGUCAUGGACAAAGAGACCGAAUUACACACCGACUUUGACACUCUGUUCAAGCAACUGUUCUGUGUAUCUGCCCAAGAACUGGCCGAGGAACUCCGCUUGCCUUUAGCGGACUUGGGUACCCUCUACGACAGCGUCCUAGCCACCGCCAUUCCCGUCUCCCGCUUCUCAAGGGCAAUGGGGCGGACCUCACUUCGCACUGGAAAAGGUCAGCUCAUGUUCACCGUACGACAGCUGCAGAAGCAUGAGGCGUCUCGCUUCUCCGCACUCGGUUUCCGCUUUGCCACCGUCGAACACAUCACCUCGGCCCUGUCGCGUCGUAUCCACGUCCCCGAAGUGAGCCUGGUGGAAUAUCUCCGUGACAUGAGAGACUAUGCCAGCUCCAGUCGAGGCUUCGGAGAAGGCGUGCAUCUCAUCUCAUAUGUCAUGCGUCCCACCGUCCAAGAUCAUUUCGAGAUUCUUACAGCCAAGGGUACCGGAAACCCACUUCCCUCAUCGACCCUCCCGAUGAAACGUCUUACCAUUCAGCAUCUGGAUAUCCUUUCCCGCAUGGAGGGUUGGUCCAUGGUGCGAUGCAUCAAAUAUCUUCAAUCAAAUGCGGCUAGCCAGUCCGAUCCCAACAUGGAGACCUUCCGUGAGCACUUGGUGCAGGGCAUCACUUCGCUCGCGCAGGCGUUCCCCGAGGAGAUGCGGUCAAUAGCAACAUUCUCCGCCAGACCUCUCGUUGCUCCAUGCCGAACCGCGCUUCGAAAGUCCGAAGAAACGCACAUGUCCACCCAAUGCACCCUUCUUGCAUUCUGCGUCGUCGCUCCCCUCGAUACUCAAGUACCCAACCCGGACUUUACCUUCACUCCCUUCCGUCUCUUCCGAGUUCAACAGCAGGUCAACGAUGCACUUGCCGACCGAGCCGGUUUCUCUCGCGAGUUGAAUCAGGAAUUCCUCAACACAGAUGUCCGCUCCACUUCCUCAAUCAGCGAGUCAGACCUCAAGUCCUCUCCUCGCUCUCCAAUUAGCAAAUUUUGGCCUUACCACAAACGAGCCUCUUCCCAAGCCAACAAUUCACAGGAAUCCCUUGUCGAAAUGACUAGCACGAUCAUCGGCGAUAUCACGGUGCAAAAGGAGGUUCGAGUCGAUGUGACGCGGAUCGCUGAGAACGCCGCAGGAAACCCAGUGCAUUCCCACGAUGCCUUCAUUGCGGCAGGAGAUGCUAUCACAACGCCAGCAACGUAUGUCGAUGAGUUGUACAGUCUUUGCUAUGCACCUGGAAUUCGCCUGCGACCAAGUGCAUCGAUGAAAAAUAUGCCGUCGGCUCGGAGAUCUGGUUCCAUGUGA